AUGUUCAAGUCAUUCCUUGACGAUAUCUUGCUUUUCAAUGCAGGUAGAACAGCAGAGUCACUUUUUAUUAAAGAGCGCGAAAAUAGGGAAAAGAAACAAGGCAGUAUUCGAUCUUCAGAAAUACCUGAUGAAUACGACAAUAAGGACUACAUUGAAGAUAUUAAAACAUUAGAACAAGCCUUUAGAGAUUAUGAUAAGCUAAAUAGUAAGGAUGGAAAAAAUGUAUGGACCUGUUUUUCAGUUUAUUUGAUUAUACUAAAAACAUUUAAAAAAUUCUAUGGUAUUUACUCUUUACUUUUUUUCAUUAAUCUGAUUAUUUCAUAUUUUGUGAAGGUUCAAGCAAAAGAAUUCUUUAAUUUUUUUGUAUCAGAAAAUUCAUCGAAACCAAUAUUAGCAAAUUUACUUCCAGGAUUGUUUUUAAUAAUACUCCAAAUAUUUAGCAUUGUAUUUACAACACAUUGUGAAUAUUACAAUUCAUGGGUUCACUUUAAAGUACAAUCUGCUAUUUCUGGGUCAUCUCUUUUAAGGUUUUUAGAAUGCAAGAGACUUAAAAAUAAACAGGGACUUUGCAUCUUGGAUAAUAAUAGCUCAACAGAAAUACUGUCUUUAUAUCAAAACAUUAUUCUAGUUGAUUCUGAUUUCACAGAAUUUGCUAUUUCAAAUUCCAUUAAUAUCAUACUUUAUCCCCUGCACAUAUUCACUUCAGCUUUAGUGGCCCAUUCAGUAUUUGGUGGUACUCCUCUUAUCCUUUGUCUUCUUUCCUUAUUUACAUGCUUUUUAAUUUCAGCAGUAACUCAAGUUUUAAGCGCCAUGUACAAGAAACCUUUUCUCAAAGCAAGAGAAGAAAGAGUUGAGGAAACUAGUAGACUCCUUGAACAAUCAAAAUACCUGUCAGUUACCCAACAACUAUUUUCCUCUAUUCACCUUUUAAUUUCCAGAAAUAGAAAUAUUGAACUUCAUUACAACUCUCUAAGAAAAUACAUUUGUAUGAUCACAGAAGUGUUCGAUAACUGGAUUACUUUAUCUUGCACUCUAGUCAUUGGGUCCUAUAUCUUUUACAACAAGAUUCCAGUUUCUCAAGCUUCUAUAAUGAUUAUCCAAAGUGCCUGGCUCAUUCCUACAUUCUAUCAUCCUCUUAAUGACAUAUUAUUCUUCGUUUAUUUCAUCAUUGAAGGUACCAUUUCUAUAGAAAGAAUUGCACAAUUCCUUUUCUUUACCCAAAAUGACCCCAGUCAAGACAUUGGUUUAGAAGAACCUUCUUUAUCCAAUUCUAACAUUUCUGGAAUUGUGCUUAAUAAUGUUUCUUUCUUCCGUGGUAAAAACGUUGCUCCCAGUGUAAUCAACGUUAACCUAAAUAUUUCUCCAGGAGUGCCUUGCUUUGUUCUUGGAAAGUUUUCUAGUGGAAAGUCUGCUCUUCUUGAAGGAAUUGCUGGCCUUCUUUUCAGUUCCAGUACAUGUCAAAAUGGGCAGAUAAGUGGAUUUGGCGCGGGCGGGUCAAUUUCUUUUAAACUAGAAAAUGGUCAGUUGGAAAAUAUUUCUGAUAUUUCUUCUAGAGCCUUAGUUGGAUAUGUACCACAGUUGUUAUGGGUUCCCACUGGUCUUCCACUAUCGGACCUAAUUCUCUGUGGAAGUGCAUAUAAUCAAAAGCUAUGGCAAGAAGUUAUAUAUCAAUGUGAUUUAGAAAUGGACUUUUUGAAUUGGGGUAUAAGAUCUUUUGAGGAAACACAAAAAAUGGUUGUUACGGAUAAACAGUUUAGUACAGGACAAAAAGUGAGAUUGUCCUUAGCAAGAGCUAUUUAUUCCACUUUAUCAAACAAUGAGAACAAACCGAGAAUCUUUUUAAUUGAUUGUGUGUUGAACUCCUUAGAUCCUUUUGUAUGCAAGAUUAUAAUAGAGAGACUUUUUUCCAAAAAUGGACUUCUUUCUGACAGUAUGUCUGUAAUAGUGAUAGAACCUCCAAUAUUGGAAUUUAUAAAGCAGGCUUCAAAUAAUAACGGCUUUUCUUACAAGAUAGUAAAUAUGAGUGACAAAAUGAUUACUAGUACUGAGGAAGUAACUGUGAACUGUGUUAGAAACUCUUCUGGAGCUUUGGUAUCUCCUGGUUUUAUUGCAGAGAAAAAACCUAAUGUAACCAAAUGCGAUCUUCAGGAAAAUCCUCAGGACCUUAAAAUAGUGUGUAAUGAAGGAAUUGAGAAUACUUCAGAAAUUGACAUUCAAAAGAACAAAUACAGUCACUAUUACCCUACCAGCUACUUUUACAUGUUUGUUACUGGAUCCAAAAAAAUUGUUAAAAAUCUUCAUUCUUUUCAUAGUGACUUUAAAGGAUCCAGUUUUGAGUCUUUUAUGAUGAUAUUUAUGUUGGUACUACCACAAAUUAUGGUUAAACUUGGUGAAUCCUUAUUUUUGAUUAUUUUAGAGGAGAAUAGUAUUACCAAUUUAAAUUGGAACUCAAUAGAAUUUUUUGAAUCAGACAAGUUAACAGGAUUUAAAACUCUUUUGUUCAAAAUACCCUCAUUACUUGGAUACAAUGUACUUUCUUUUUGGAGCUUAUUCUAUAACACAGCUUUGGUCAUUUCAAUGAUUUCUACUUGUAUUGCUCUUCUGCUGGAAAUCAGGAUUGGAUUUAGAGCUGCGAGGUAUUUCCAUAAUUCAGUAUUAUUGGGUUAUUUAGGAGCAACUUCAAAUUCAAUUUUAAGAUGGCUUCCUAUGAGUUUUAUUUUAAAUAGACUCUCAAACGAUCAACUACAAAUAGAUUACUGUAUUACCAGAAGGAUAAGAUUUGUUAUUAUUAUUUUAAAUUCCAUCUUUAUUUCUGCUAUCCCUCUAAUUUUUGGGUCCGUUAAUUCAUUCCUAACUUUAACUUCAAUUGGCCUUGUAGCAAUUUCAAUAUACCACUUCUUUAUACGUUACUUUACAAAUGGUUGUAGAACUUUGAGAUCAUGUUACAUAUCAGAAUACUCUCCUCUUGUGGAUACGAUACAAACUAUUGGUAAAGGAAAGAAGUGUAUAAAUUCUUAUCAAGUCAAAGAAUUUUUCUUUGAAACGACUAUAAAUAGAAUUAACUCAGUAUUGAAACCUAGGUUUGCUCAAAUUUGCUUGGAUUCUUGGUUUAAGAUGAGAAUUAAAAUUCUAUUAACGAUUCCAGUUACCUUUAUUAACAUUAUUUUACCCUACGUAUCAAAUAACCAAGGUUCAUCCACUAGAUCUGUGAUUGCAUUGGCUAUAGCUACAGCAACAGGUUUAGCUCCUCUUUUAUCUAUACUUGUUGGAUACUGGUCAAAGUUGGAAACUGAACUAGUAUCAGUUGAGAGAUCAAGAUUGUAUUUGGCUGCCUCCAGAGAGGCUGGGUCAGAUUAUUUAGAACAUGAAAAAGAAAAGCAUCAUAGUGAACAAGAGAAAGGGAAAGUGGAAAUCGAGCUUAAGAAUGUUGAAGCAGAGCAUUCUAGAUUAGAUUCUAAAGGAAAUUCGAACUUUGACAAUUCUCAUCUAAUAGGUACAAAAAUUAUUCACAUUAAAAACAUUAGAGGAAUUACAGCAAAUUUUAAGGCAGGGGAAGUUAUUGGAAUAAUAGGAAGAACUGGAUCUGGAAAAACAACUUUACUAGAUGUACUUUCCAAUUUAUUGCCAUGUAAAAGUGGCAAAAUGACAGUUUUAGGGUUAGAAAAUAGCAGUGAAAAGAUGUUUGACAAGUUGGAAUCAUUAAAAUUCCCAUUUAAAGACUUUGAUCCAAUGAUUCUUAAAUCUAUUAUCAUGUCUCAGAAAAAUCUUAGCCACAUAGCAUUUUUACCUUUGGAGGUUUAUUUCCAUAAAAAUGGUAUUAUUUGGGACAUUGUUGACCCACUUAAAGAAUAUGAUUUGGACAAUAUCAAAGCAGCUCUUAGUAUUUGUGGGUUUGAGUCAUACUUGGAAAGAAAUGAAAGUUCUAAUUCUGAGUUAGAAUCAAUAGACUGUGACCAAGAAAGUGCUCUUUUAAGUGAAAACAAUGCAGUUUUAAAAUUUCUUGAGACCAAGUUAGAUGAAAUAAAAUUUGGGAUUCUUCAAAUGAGAAUGUUACUUUUUGUAAACUUCUUCCUUAAAAAAGAUAAAUUAAGGAUUAUACUGGUGGAUGAACCUCCAGUAGUUUUAAGGAAUCAGAUGGAAAAUAGUAUUGUUUCUAAUGGAAAAAUGAACAAAGACAAAUUAAAUGAAAAAAUUGGUUGUAAUAACUCUGAAUGUAUUCUAUCCUCUGUUAUUAACAAGUAUUUCAAGCAUUGCAUUACCUUCAUAGCUUCCCACGAUAUUCGAAGUCUUCAAUAUGCCAGCCGCGUUCUAGUUUUGAGUAGUGGAAAGAUAAUCAAAGACACACAACUUGACCGCAAUUCAUUCUCCAACUCCGAAUUAUUUAGCUUUAUGAGAACCGAUUUGAUUGAAAAAUGA